AUGGGGAACAUCAAAGGUUUUGUUGAAGCAAUGUCCAUGGCUUCUGAAGAUUCCACCACGGUUUCAAUCAAGCUUUUCAUUGACCAAGAAAGCAACAAGGUAAUUGUUGCUGAAGCUGGUAGUGACAUUGUUGAUAUUCUUCGUCGCCUGCUUAAGUUUCCUCUUGGAAACAUUGCACGACUUAUCAGCAAACAUCAAAGUGUACAGCGAGCUGUUUGUUUGAAUAACCUAUAUGACAGUGUAGAAAACCUUAGCCCAACCAUCUUUCGUACCGAUGCAUGUAAGUCUAUGCUGCUUAAUCCGAGAAGCAUUCAUGAAGACCAGUACUCGAAGAAAUUGAAGCUUAACAUGGAUGUUAGUGAGCCUACAAAGUACUUCCGAUGCUCAAAUGUUUGUUGUCCAGAAAAAUUGUUUAGUCAUUAUAAAACUUCAAGAUGCCGUUGCGGAAAUAUGUUGAAUUUUCCGAUUCCUAUAGGUAAUGCAGUAAUAGAUGAAAGUGAGGGAGAACCAAUGUUGUUCUUCAUAACUGAUGAUUUAAGAGUAAUGCAGGCUUUUCCAGGUAAUCUUAUUAAUUUUCUUCUCAAUUUGGGUAUCUAUGAUGUUUGUCAGAUUGAAGAAAAAGUUGUGGACAUCAGUUCAAAAGAGAUUAAUCUUUUAAGCCAUUCAUUGAUCUCAAAGACUACCCUCACUGAUGUUUUUCUGAGAAAACAAACAACAAUGUUCGUUGAACAGUCCAUGCUCGUAGCUCCAAAUAUGAAAGAGACAACUGAAAAAAAUAGCAAAACAAGAGUGAAGAUAACGCUGAGGAAAUCAGAUAGGAAGAUAUUAUAUGGUGAAGCAAAUGAAGAUUUUGUUGAUCUUCUAUUUAGCUUCCUCACAAUCCCUUUGGAAUGUGCAUUGGAACUCUUAGGAGAUAAGGGUAAUCUAACAGUGGGAUCCAUCUAUAACUUGUCUAAAAAUUUAGACACCACAUUCUCCAUAACCAAGCAGAAUAGUUACCUGAAUGGUAUUCUUCCCCCGUUUUAUAGUUGCCCAAUUGAGCUUCCAAGUAUCUGUUCUCAGCAGUCUACUACUUUUCAUCAUCACUGCUACGGCAUUUUAAAGCAGCUGGACCCAAAAUCUCCGAACCCCAACUCAUCAAACAGUAGGGGCUAUAUUAAGAAAAAAUCACAGUUUGUGAUCACAGAUGAUCUUGUAGUUACAUCACUACUCUCCGUUUCCACUUUUUCGUUUCUAAAGGAAACAGGGGUCCCUCUUUAUGAUGUUGAACAGAAAGUAAUUAGCAUUGGAGAGGUUGAAGCGCUUGCUCUACUGAGGGCUUGUUUGUGUUCUUCUCCAGCUUUAUCAGCUUUGCUGAACCUUUAUGUCAAGCAGCCAAAGCAAGAGCCAUAA